AUGUGUAAGGGAGCAGUGGAGAGAGGUCAAUUGAAGGAUCAUGAGGAAAAGCAUUGUCCUCUUCAUGAAGCUUAUAAACAAGUUGAUGAAUUGAAAAAUAGAUUAGAGGAAGAAUUCAAGAAGAAGAAUGAAUCUCAACAAAUCCAAAAUGAAAAUAUCUUGAGCAUAGAAAAGCAAAAUUUAAAGAAAAUUAAACUAGACCUUAUCAAACAAUACCAAUUAAAAGAAGAAGCAUUAGAGAAGAGGGUUAAAGAAUUUGAAAAUCAACAAUUGGUCAGAUUAAAACUGGAGGCCAGUAACAAACCAAUUUAUCUCAAUGUUGGUGGAACUAUCAUGACAGUCUCAUUAGGAACAUUUAUUCACAACGAAAGAGAACCUGAUAAUUUAUUCAAGAAAAUGUUCACUGCUGAAUAUCCAUUGUAUCAAACAUCAAAUCAAUUCAAUGAGCCAGUAUACUUUAUUGAUUGUGAUUUGUUCAUUUUCAAGCAUAUUCUUGAUUGGUUAAAGUAUGGAAUAUUAGACAGGGAGAUAAAUGUAGAUUUGAGGAAAUUAUUGAUUAUAUCUCAAUCUUUUGGAAUUGAUUUGAGGAGAGUUAUUGUACAACAUGUUAACUUGGCAGGAAAGGAAAUUAUUGGAUUUGAUUUUCGUGGAAUGAACUUGGUUGAUGUAAAUUUCAAGGCAAGUUAUUUUAAGGAUUGUCAUUUUUCAAAUGUGGCAAUUGGCUCUCAAUUUAAAAAGGCACAAUUUGAAAGUGUAACAUUUGAAAAGUGUACAAUUCAAAUGCAUUUUAAAAAUAAUAAUUUGAAGAAUUGCAAAUGUAUUGAAUGUGAAUUUAAUGGAUCUGUUUUUGAAAAAGCUAAUUUCAAAUUAAUUGAACUUGUUCUCACAACAAAUAAUUCAUUUAAUUGCUUAAUUAAGAAUACUGAUUUAAGAGAAAUGAGAGAUUUAUCAAAAUUCAAAGGAUUUAAAUUUGAUUCAUGUUUAUUUGAUUUUUCUAAACUUUCAAACAAACAAAUUAAUUCUAUCAUGUUUGAAAAUAUUAAUCUGGAUGCACAAGAUUUAUCCACCUUCAUUUUUAUUAAUAGCACAUUUGCACAUACAUCUUUCGCACAUGUUAAACUGGAUUCUAAUUUUGGUAUUGGACUUUCGAAUAUUAUUAAUAAUUAUGGAAGUUUUGUAUCAAUUCCUCUAUAUAUGCAAACUAAAAGUAAAUCUAUUCCUCAAUUAUUAUACAGAGGAACAAGAGAUGGAUUCCAUGCAAAUGAUUUUCAUUCCAAAUGUGAUAAUCAAGGCGCAACAUUGACCAUUAUCAAAUCAGAACAUAAUCAAGUAUUUGGUGCUUUUACUAGUCAAUCUUGGAAAUCAAACAAAGAUAAUUUCAACUUUGUUAUGGACGAUUCAGCAUUUAUUUUCAAAAUUGUAACAGAUCAUAAUGGAAAUUAUCAAGUUCAACACUUUAACAUUAACCAAAAUAAGAAACAAUAUGCGAUUGAAGCACAUCAUAAGUAUUUGGUAAUAUUUGGAGGAACUACUGAGAUUGAAGGGGAUAUAUGUAUAUACAGUGAUUGCAAUUUGAAUAAUGCUUCAUACUCGAACUUUGGAUUGACAUAUGAAUUACCCACAGGAUACAAUUAUGGAACUGAUGAAGCUAAAAGUUAUUUGGCAGGAUGUUACACAUUUAAAGUUAUUGAAAUUGAAGUUUUUAAAAUUAAUCCCUGGGAAUAA